GUUUCGUCGCCAUCAUGGCAUCAUGGCCGGUCCGGUGGGGACGUCACCAAGUUCGCCUUCAGAACACGCCCCUCCCGUGGCGUCGAGGGCGGGGAGAUGGCGAGCGAAUUGGAAAGCCACCAAUCGGCGAAGGCGUAAGAACAAGCGCGACAAAAGAUGACCAAUGAGAAGAGAGUGGAGAGUUCAGGCUUUUAUGGAGAUCUCUGUCAAGUCGGUGAAAACUUGUGAUCGCAAUCACGUUUGCUGAACCAAAAGUGCUCCUGUUGAACGAGCGCGAAAAUGCAAGUGGUGCAAGCCCAAAACAUUGAGGUCACCGUCGACCUUCUUCUUUCUUCAGACUAAAGGAGAAGCGGCGUCGACUUUUUUUGCUCCCCUCCCCCGCCCGCCCGCCCCCCUCCAAGUCAGCACGCGAACGCGGCACCACAACUCGGCCAACAUGGCGGCGCCCGCGACCGACCGAAACGGCAAAUGUGCAUUCUUCGUGGAAAAAAAGAAACGUUUUUGUAAAAUGGUCGUGGCCAAAGGACGCGAGUUUUGCGGGGAACACGCCAACAACGUCUCCGAAGAAGGCGGCGGCGGCGGCGGCGGGAGGAUCGUUUGUCCACUCGACCCCAAGCACACGGUCAACCGAAACAAAUUGGAAGCGCACUUGAAGAAGUGCAACUCUCGUGACAAGGCAAAGCCGGCGUAUUAUGCGGAGGACAUCAACGCCGGCUCGCCCGUCCCAAGCCAGCACUCGCUCCAACAGGUGACGCCCACUUUGUGCGAGCGGAGCGCCGCCCAGUUACAACAGCUGCUGGACAAACUGGACUCGGCUUCAAAAGGGCUGCCGCGGGAGCCGGAGGAGCGCGUCCUGUCGCACGCCGUGUUCCGGGAGGAGGCCGACAACCCCAAGAACGGCGAUUCGGCCCGCAAGCACCUGAAGCAGCAGGCUUCCAUCCUGGGCCACCUGGAGGCGCUGGGGCUGCUGCGACGCGGCCGCUGCUUCGUGGAGUUUGGGGCGGGGCGGGGCAAACUCUCGCACUGGAUCCACCGGGCCCUGGAGGGCCACCCGCCGGAGCGCCUGCAGAUGCUGCUGGUGGAGCGCAGCAGCACCCGAUUCAAGGUGGACGGCAAACAUCGGGGGGGCGACGUGGAGUUUGCCAGGCUGCACAUCGACAUUCAGCACCUGGAUUUGACUAAAGUCCCGCUGCUGGAACGGCGCCUGCCGCUGGUCGGAGUCGGGAAGCAUUUAUGCGGCGCGGCCACGGAUCUGGCUCUUCGCUGCCUCUUCCGAAGCCGGCCGACGCCCGGACGAGAAGCGGGCCGGCCCCCCAAGCGCUUGAAAGCGGAGGCGGCCCACCCCGGCGGCGUGGCGGGCCUGGCGCUGGCGCUGUGCUGUCACCACCGCUGCGAGUGGCGCCACUACGUGGGCCGGCGCUUCUUCUCGGAUUUGGGUCUGGGGCCCGCCGAGUUCUCGGCGUUCUGCCGCAUGUCCAGCUGGGCCACCUGCGGCGUUCGGGCGGCCCCCCGGGCGGCGGGCGCCGAGGAGGCCAGCGACGGCGGGCUUCCGUCGCCGUCGGAGCGCGAGCGGAUCGGACGGCGCUGCAAGCUCCUGCUGGACGCCGGCAGAGUGGAGUUCCUGCGCGCCGAGGGAUUCGACGCGCGGCUGACGCGUUACGUCGGCGCCGGGGUGACCCCGGAGAACGUCCUGUUGACGGCCGCGCCCCGCCCGCCCUCGUCUCCUCCUUCCCGCCUCCCCUCGUAAGCGGGGUCGGCGUUUGG